UUUGAGGAGGAAACAUCAACUAGCGUGUCACACGGACUGUAAUAUAUUGAGCUACUUCAGCAUCAAGCAAUGGAUCAACUCUGGAGGUAUAUUUUAAUCUUAAUUUUUCUAGAAAUAGUCUUAAUGACCUUCAUCUUUUCAUUAGUAUCUGAAAGUCCGAUAGCUAUAAUCAAUCACAGAAAAAGGGAUAAUGCACAUGUCCACAUCCAGAUGAAAUCGAACACAACCGUCAAAUUAAUUGAAGAUGGUAUCGAAAAUGGAAACAAGACAGUUUUUGCACAGUUGAAAAAGGACCUGGCCGUGACAUCCAAAAUACCUAAAACAAAAUUAAGACGCAAUGUCAAUACCAACAAGAACAAAAUACAUAAGAGUACAAAUCACCAACUACAUGCACUUGUCAAAUCCAAAAGAUUGUUGAUCUUGAAAUCUAAACAUAGGACGCAACAUAGUGGUCUAAAUGGUAAUGUUACUACGUUGGAUGCAACAAAUAAACAAAACACCACUAACGGAUAUGAAAGUCUCUCCAAUUCAACAUCUAAUGUGCCGAUGAAAAAUCAAACGUUUUGCACGUUUUCCUUCGACGAAAACAGUUUGCUCCAAGCAAGGAGACAAUUAUCUCAAUCUAUUAGUAUUAACUUGUUUUAUGUCAAUCUUAAUAUAGAAGGGUUUCACAGUAGUAUAAACAAUGUGAGUGAUGAUAUUUUACAUUGGCAAUACGUUUUAAAAGAUGAAAAUUUUCUCGUUCAGUUGCCAGUUGACUUUGAUCUCCUUACCUACGGUUUACUAAUUCACGACCACGAAGAAACAGUGUUAAAAGUAAAUCUAACUUACAACAAAUCAGACUGCCUUGAAAAAGUCGACUCGGAGAAAAUUCAAAUCGUUCGUUUCUUAUUAUGGACUGAACUGUUUCAUAAUGAUACUAAACAUUAUCUGUGUAACAGAGAUUUUGAAAAACAACUAACGCGCAACUUUGUAUACUACCUGACAACUGUUUGGGUUGGAGAAGAUUUGAUUUGCACGGGAAUGUCCUCUGAUUACGGAUUAUACAAUAUAAAAGCUAAAAAAGAUCACCUGCCUUUAGUAACCCCGGUGUUUUGUUACCUCCUUUCAUUGCAAUUCGUAUGGAUCUUUCUGUUAUUGGAUAUAAUAAAAAUAGGAAAUAAACGAGACACACUUGUGACAAAAAGUCCCGGAAAGCUUACAACUAAUGAUAUGAAUAAAAGGAAAAAAUGUGUAUUCAUAAAUCUAUGCCCGACUUUUUCGCAAACUUAUCAAAAACCUUCAUACACAAGAAACGAUAAACCAUACGGUCUUAAGCAGCUUGUUAUAAAGUUAUUAUUCAGAAGGACUUGUUGUUUCGAAAAAAAUUUAUUGCAUAAUUUUCAUAUGAGAUUGCUUUUUAUCAUGUGGCUUUUUGUGUUAUUACCUUUUGAAUUUAUAUAGAACAGCAGGGAGAUAUUUCUUAUUAAAACAGUUAAAUGAAGAUUAUUUAAAUGUUUUUCGACCUAGUGAACCAUUUUUUUUUACUUAUUCUUGAAAGAUAAGGGAACGGUAUGCCUGGCAGCUGAUGCUUGUUAUGCCACACUUUUCCCAUUUAUUUAUAUAUUUGUCGGCCGAUAUUUGUAUGAGAUAUUUAUGUCUAAAGAAAAGCAGCAAAUUUGUUGUUGUUUUUUAGAAGAAGAAAAAGAAAUGUUGAAUGCAGAUGUCGAUACAAUAAGUGAUAGAUUUACCUUUCGAUAUUCCCAGUUUUGUCGGAAAGUAAAUCAAUUAUUAUGUCCUAAGGACUGUUGUAAGGAAACUACAGGUAGAAAAUGGUGCAAAGAUUAUUUCUCUUGUCGCUGUGACAGUGAUGAUAUAUGUAUGUGUUUAUAUAGUUCUAUUUCAGUUCCUUUUCCAGUGUUUCCUUUUGUUUGCUUUUCCCACAAAUAUACAUGUCUGUCAAAAUGUGAUAAUUGUAAAUGUAAGAACUGUUGUUGCAGUUGUUUAUGUUGGAUCCUUUUAUUCAUCGUACGUUGUGUCUGCAAUGUGGUUCUUUUCAUCGUUUUGUACAUUUUGUGCUUACGUCCGAUAUUUUCAACAUUUACUUUUAUGCUUCGGUCAUUUACUCAUAUCUUUUUUGUUGCCCUCCCAAAUAGAGCAGCAAUUUUAAGAUACACUUUGUUGAUUUUUACUACAAUUGCAUAUUUUGUUAAAUAUAUUCACCAACUAAUAAAUAUGAAUGCAGAAAUUUUAAAUUAUAUCUUUAAACUUAAAGAAGAAGAAAUAUCAUCAGAACUUAACAAUACAGAAAAUUCUGAUAGUCUUGCUUACAAUGUGGAAAACGUGAAAGAAGAAAUGUUUGAUGCUAUCUAUAAUGAACUAACAUUUGUAAGGAAGAGAUUCUAUUUUCUAUAUUUAAAAGUUGUGAUUGUAUUUAUGUACCUGUUUAUCACUAUUGAAACUUUCAUUACAAACACAAAAGCCUUAAUUGGGCCAAAUUUUCAACAAAUAUUACAGUUUUUCUUAAUUAUAAUUGGUCCCUAUGCAAUUUCCUUGUUUCUGAAAGCAAACAAAGACGACUUUCUUACCGAGGAAAAUAAAAGAGAUAUUAAAGCUGCAUUUAUACGUUUUCAGUCGGGUAAGCAAAAUCGUCAAUCAGACACUCUCUGUUGAUAAUAGCAUUUAAAUUCAAAAGACUGAGUACGCUAUUUAUGUAUAAAACCACAAUAAAGCAAUUACACAUAUAUUUGAUUUUU